AAACACGAUUGAAAACGGGCAGCUAUGCCGCGCGGUGCAGAAAACGGGCUGGACGCGUCCGCUUGGAACAACGGCCGGUGUACCGGAGGACUGACCCGGGGACUGUGGGACCAGGAGGCGCCUGAGAGGCGUUAACAGCGAUUCUUUCCCCGGGGAUAACCUCCUCCCGAAACCGCGGCGAAAGCAGCGGGUGCGAGGGCUCGACAAAUCCGCUCCUUCGCCCAUUUCUCUCCCCCGUCCUCUGCUUUCGGCACCGCAAGAGAGACAGCGAGACAUCAGCGAUGUUGCUGCCAAAUGUGUAGGAUUUAUUCCCGCUGCCCAUUUCUCUGUGUCGCCUGUAAAUAAAACUGAGCGCAGACAAUAAGCUCCAACAGCGGGGGUCACUAUGGUUUUAUUGGCGCUCCGCAGUAGGAGAUGUCUUAAUAGCUGCUGUAUGGGGACGUUAUGCUUGCAGUUGUUGCUGUGGAUUUUAUGUGCCGUGAACGGAGAGGAGCAGUCGUUCAGUGUAGAGGCAUGGCUCCAGAGGUAUGGCUACCUCCCUCCUGCAGACCCCAGAAUGUCAGUGCUGCGUUCUGCCCGAGUCAUGCAGUCUGCUAUCGCUGCCAUGCAGCGCCGCUACGGCCUAAAUGUCACAGGCACGCUGGACAGCAACACUAUAGAGGAUAACACGAUAAGGUGGAUGAAGAAGCCCCGAUGCGGGGUUCCUGACCAAAUAGGGGGUGUGUCCAGAUUAAGUGUCAGGAAACGACGGUACGCCCUCACGGGACAGAAGUGGCAACACAAACAUAUCACAUACAGCAUAAAAAACGUGACACCCAAAGUGGGUGCUGAGGAGACCCACGACGCCAUUCGGCGAGCCUUCGACGUGUGGCAAAGCGUGACGCCACUGCGCUUUGAGGCUGUGCCCUACAGCGAGCUGGAGAGGAGCAAGAAAGACGUGGACAUCACCAUCAUCUUUGCUUCAGGUUUCCACGGAGACAGCUCACCCUUCGAUGGCGAGGGGGGCUUCCUGGCCCAUGCCUACUUUCCAGGGCCGGGAAUAGGAGGCGACACACACUUUGACUCAGAUGAGCCUUGGACGCUGGGCAACCCCAACCACGAUGGUAACGAUUUGUUCCUGGUAGCCGUCCAUGAGCUUGGUCACGCACUGGGCCUCGAACACUCCAACGACCCCACAGCUAUCAUGGCUCCUUUCUAUCAGUACAUGGACACGGAUGACUUCAAACUACCAAUGGAUGACCUGCUAGGCAUCCAGAAAAUUUAUGGGCCGCCCGAUAAACUCCCCCAGCCCACCAAGCCUUUGCCAACGGCGCCCUCUCCUCGCUCCCAUCCUCCUUCGGACCCUCGUAAACAAGACAGGCAGACGCAACUCCCAAUGCUGCCUACGCGACCGUCGCAGCCCAAUGCUAAACCCAACAUCUGCGAUGGAGGCUUCAACACUCUGGCCAUACUGAGAAGGGAGAUGUUCGUCUUCAAGGACCACUGGUUUUGGCGAGUGAAAGAUAACGCUGUAAUGCAGGGAUACCCCAUGCCCAUCCGAAUGUUCUGGAGAGGCCUGCCGCCCAAGAUAGACGCAGUCUAUGAGAACAGCGAGGGCAAGUUUGUCUUCUUCAAAGGAAAGCAGUUCUGGGUGUUUAAGGACACGGUGUUGCAGUCCGGAUACCCCAAGGACAUCUCCCAGUUUGCCCACGGCAUGCCCUCGCAGAGCAUCGACACCGCCCUGUGGUGGGAGGAUGUGGCCAAAACCUACUUCUUUAAAGGGGACAGGUACUGGCGCUACAAUGAGGAAAUGAGAAUCAUGGACCUUGGCUAUCCUAAGCCUAUCACAGUGUGGAGAGGUGUGCCUGAAUCGCCACAGGGGGCCUUCGUGGACAAAGCCAAUGGUUUCACCUACUUCUACAAGGGGAAGGAGUACUGGAAGUUUAGCAACCAGUUCCUCAGAGUGGAACCGGGCUACCCGCGCUCCAUCCUCAAGGACUUCAUGGGCUGCGAGCUGACGCCCAUCGACCCCGGCCGCCCGCCGGCCGACGACGGCAACUCGGAAGUGGUGAUCGAGCUGGACAACGAGGCCAACACGGUGAAGGCCAUCGCCAUAGUGAUCCCCUGCGUGCUCGCGCUGUGCCUGCUGGUGCUGGUCUACACCGUGGUGCAGUUCAAGAGGAAGGGCACGCCUCGCCACAUACUGUACUGCAAACGCUCCAUGCAGGAAUGGGUUUGAAUUUUUUUGGAGGGGGGUGGGGUUAAGAGACGAGAGGGCAGAGCUAGGGUGGGAGUUAAGAGGAUUGUGGAAAAACAGUACAACAGCCCCCCCACUUUUCACAGAGAGGAGGACGGUGGACACUGGACAGCUUUAUGGGAAAAACAACAAGCCACGCCUCCUCCUCUUCGGCGAUCGAUACUUUCGUGCAGAACCAGCCGAGAAGUCUGACGGUGAUCCCGCGUUUAAAAAAAGGCGACUCCCAGGACUUUAAGCUGACUUUCUCCAGCCCCCAGCCUUUUUAACAAACGGGGCCCAGAGGGACAGUUUGUGGAGGCGGAUCUUUGUCGGAUGUGACCUUCGAUCCCGGUCCAAAAAUAAUGAGAACAAAAAAAAAAAAAAAAGAAAAAUUCAACAAGAGGGUCAGCAUCACUUUGUAUCUCAGAAACUCGACUUCCUAUCCCCGUCCUCUUUUUGUUUCUUUGCCCGACUGCUUUUCAGACGGAGGACUUUCAGGGGAACAAACACUCUUCCCACAGGGCACUGCAUUGUCAACUGUGUCAUAUCAGGUUGUUGAUAAACAGCUUUCUAUUUUCUGAUCCGCGUGCCCCUCCCCUCCUCCAGCUUCAGACUGGGCUCAGAAAAAAAUAAAAAUAAAAAAAUAAGUCUCAGAUAAACACAACUUUAUUACGUAACCAAUCAUUCAUCUGUUUUUAUGUUUGUUUUUUCUUUUUUUCUUCUUCUUUUAUUGGAAUUCAUGUGAGAAAAGAGGUCCUCACUGUUCCCUUUAAGACAUCCCUGAAGAAGAGACCAAACAAAACCAAAUAAAAUCCAUCUCUCUCCAAAGAGGAUCACAUUUUUCUUUCUUUCUUUAGUUCCUUCUUUCCCUUCUCUGGAUCCUUGCAGCGAUUACGAGUUGGGGGGAGCUCUGACUGUUGUGGCAGUCUGUUUGAGACACAGGGGCCAAAUUAUUCUGCAAUAUUUUAACUCGCCUUAAUUAUACAUCAUACUACUUGUGCUUGGUUUUGCUGUUCUUGGUGUUUUUCUUUUUUUUUAAUUAUUUUAAUUUGUAUACCGCUAUUAUUUCUUUUUGUUUCUUCUUCCUUUUUUUAAAGAAGCUGCUUAAUUGCUUCUUGUGGUUGGUAUUUUAUGAAUUUUAUUACGUUACUCAGAAUCCUCAGCACUGGCUUGCUGAGCCAUUCUGGACAGAUUAAUACAGUAGGUCCAGCCUGUACUGAAAGUAAUGUAUUGUAUACUAAAAAAAAAAAAGAUGUUGGAAGGUUCUGGAGUAAAGCCACUAUUUUUGUGUGUUAAGGUAUUUGUUACUGUUAGUUUUGAUAUUUCCAUAAGACAGGCUGACAGGAGUCUUGUUUCUGGAUUUGUCCUUGGCCCAUAUUCCUGUUUUUGUUUGUUUGGGUUUUUUUAUUUCUUUUUUUGUGAAUGGACUUAAUUAAAAAAUAAUGAUAAUAAUAAAAUCCUGUUGACUGCCUUGUUUGAGAGAGCUCACAGUUCCCAGAAUGCUCUUGUCUGAAGACUGAAGUGAGACAGCAAGUCAAGAUCAGUGCCUGUGUCAACGUGCAUGCAAGCAUUUACUGUACGACCCUAUCGGUUCUGCUCAACAUGGCUUUGGACCCCCUUCCCUCCCAUCGAGCCGAGGAGGAAGUUUUCUCUUAAAAAUACUGUUUAUGUUCACUUUUGUAUCUUUUAAGUGUACCCCGGUCCCACCGCCUGCCUUCCUCCAGCUACAAUUAAAUCCGAGACAAACAAACUGUAAAAGAUUUAAGUGGUACAUUUGGGUGAUUGGCAAGUCAAAUUGGCCUGAACCAAACACGUAGUGUCAUGGAGUCAUGACGGGUAGUCUUUGAAUGUGUGUUUGUUUUCAUGAUCACAUACUGUUUUGUUUUUUUUUCUUUCCUGUUUUCUGGUCAAAACAACUUGGACAUGUCACAAUGACUUGUUUGUGUAAGACUUUGGGACAAGAGAAAAACAUGUCCCGAUUGAAUGAAUAAACUGAUCAAUAUACAUUGAAGAACCGCC